GAGGCGGCUCGUGUGCGGCCCUCACAUGGGCGUCCUCACCCAAGCCGGUCGCGGGCACGGCCCCGCCGACAGGCUCGCCGUCGCCGAGCUGCAAGGGAACAAGAUGCCCCGCUUUCUCUCGGACACGGGCAAGUGGGACAUAGCGGUCACCGCGCGGUGCCAACUCCCGCUCUGCCGGCGGUUUUACUCGGAGUCGGGCAGGCGUGACCAAGAGGCGUUUCCUCUCGGCGGCCGGCUGUGGUGGGUUGACCUGACCUGGGGCGCCAUCUCGGCUGACCCGUUCAGCGACCGGCCGGAGCCCUGCUUUGUCGAGCUGCCGAGGGGCAGCGUGAUGCCUGAACGCCCAGAGCGAGUGCCAGGGCUGCUUGACCUGGAGGGAGCGGAGGCCAUGUCAAGAUGCGCUCUGGGCAGGUACCGACGCAUGGGGGUCAGUGAUGGAAGAUUGCGCUACGCCGAGGUGUGGCAGCGGGAGCCGUUCGUGCUCAGCUCCUGGACGCUGGACGACGAGGGCAGCGGCUGGACGCUGGAGCGCCGCGUGGUGCUCAGCCGGCUCUGGGCGGAUGGUGACCACCCGUGGCUGCCCUUGCCGGAGAAGACAACGCCACAAAUUGGCGCUCUUGACCCACUGAACGGCAAUGUCAUCUACCUGACGGUCGGCAUGCACAGCAUCGGCGUGGACAUGAGCAAGGAGGAGGUGAUUGGGAGCUCUCUGCACAACGGCGCCAGUUUGUGUGUACCAUGCGUGCUUCCACCAUGGCUUGAAUCGAGCUGGAUCUCUGCCAGAGGCAAGGACAACACAGGAAGCAAGACUUUGGCAGAUGUUCUAGUUCGUUCAGAUAGACACCACACAAAAUGAAAAGUGUGCCAAGUUACCAGUCAAUGUAUCUCUGGGUUUCUUAAGGCUAACAAUGAAGUAGUAGCUGAUGGUGGCAGUUUGCGGGGCACUCAUUUUGCAGGAAAUCUGUAUAAGUUUGGGUGUUUUCAGAGUUUGCUCAUGAACCUGUUUUGUGCAGAAUCUGGGAGUUGCUGGUUCAGACCUUAAGUUCAUAUACUAGAACAUAUCCUAGUAUAAGUGCUCCUCAGCUAAGCCUGUAGUUUUGGUUGCAAGACAUCCUUUUGGUACUAGUAAGUGUUCAAUGAUGGAUAUGCUUAGUUGUUUCUACUUGCUAGUACAUUAAGUUUCAGUCGAUCUAUUGCUACUGUUAAUUAAGAAGGCGUGGAAAAGCGAAUCCGCUAGUAUUUGCCACUAGAGGACGGCUUCGCAGUAUGAACUCUUUUAGAAUGGUUGCAGUGAAUUAACUUCUCUAGAUAUACUUAGAUGCACUGAACUGAACUGCAUGAAUAACGAAUCUAGCCAACAUUCCUUUGUUUUACAUCUAUAUUGUCCAAUAUUUGUGCCGGUUCUUGUAAUCUUGAAGCUGCUGAUUUUCUGUUUAUUGUAGCUAGUAGAAGUACCAGGGCAUGUGUACUAGUAGUGAGCUAACACUGUAUGAGGCGUGCAUCUUUGUGAUCUGAUCUGUGGGUGAACCGAGUCGCAGAACAUGUACUGAGGUUAGUUUCUUCCCCAGCCAGGCCAACUGCAAUAUCCGCUUAUGGAGCCAAGGAGGUGUCGCCGCCGGCAGGGAGACACUUCAGGGUGUGUCUAACGAUGCUAUCUUAUGUUUGACACGCAAGAUAAAUGAUACGAAAAUGUUUGUCUUUUCUUAAUUAGAAAAUGAUCUCUUAGCGACAAUAUCUCUGACAAUGCAUUUUGGAUCUAAUUAUUACAUAUAAGACUAAUAAGUAACACAUUGUGUAUACUUUUUAUUGUUUUUUAGAUCACGUGGCAGGCUUAUAACAAACUGUCUUAACAAUCAUUGUGCAUGCCCUUAGACCUAGAGUUGUUGCCUUUGUAACUGUGCAAGCAGCUCCUAUUCAUUGUGUUCUUGUCAACCAUGCUCAGUACCAAACCAUGUAUUCCACUUGAAAACUUUGAUCACUUCCUCGGAUAGGCAUGGAAGAUUGUUCAACUACCAUGAUAAACAAAGACGAGUUCUCUCUUCUAGUUUAAAAGGAAAGAAAACAAAAUAUGUGUUCACAAAUCAUCGUGGCUCUAGUACGAAUCUAAGGUUUUAAUUAGUUUAUCUUAAACAAAUGUGUUUGGUUCUCUAGAAUGCUCCAAAACUCUAUCCUUCAGAUAGACAAGAUGCAUUGUUCAGUUCCACCAAUAUACCAUCGCACCGACAGGCGGGGUUCAUGCGAGCACAUUGGAAAAACCUUGUUGCUGACUUGCACCAACCAAGUCCACGUGAAAGUGACAACAACUAAUCCAAAGCCCACAACCUACUCUGCUUCUCUGAUUUGAUUCCAAAAUCCCCUCCCCUUCUGUAGAGCCACGUGUGCCUCAAAUUAUUCUAACAUCCCCAUCGACAAAAACCAAUGGCCUAGGUCACUGGCGUCUCCUUCCUACCCGCCGCACCUCGUGGCUAGUGAAGGAACGAACCUUUUCACUCCCUGGUUGUCGUCAUGGUCGCAACAACGGAGCCAUGGCACAAGAUUUUAGCUUGGCGGUAGCAGAAAAAAGG